AUGUUGAAGCCGGGACUCAUGAUGAUGUUGGCAUCGGCCGCCGUGGCCUCGGCGCGCCAGUGCCGGAACUUGACGGUGCCCGUGUCAAUCAGCUCGCGCAACGCCAUCUUGGACCUGGUGCCUCCGUCCACCGAAAUCGAGGUGACGAACCUGCUGUUGAACAUGGCCCGGCCCGGCAUCAACGGCACCGCCAACGUCGUGAAGGGAUACAAGACGGUGUCGGGAGACUACCAGCUCGCGGCCACGUAUUGCGAACCCGACGGCGGCCCCGGCCACGCUCUCCAGAUCCUCACCCACGGCGUCGGCUUCGACCGCAGCUACUGGGACCUCUCCUUUGCCAACUACAAGUACAGCUACGUCAACCGCGCCCUCGACGCCGGCUACUCGACGCUUUCGUGGGACCGCCUCGGCAUCGGCCGCUCGUCGCACGGCCACCCCGUCGACGAGAUCCAGCUCCCGCUCGAGAUCUCGGCCCUCAAGGCCCUGACCGACGCUGCGCGCGGCGGCCACCUCUGCGGCGUUGCGCACGCCUUCCGCAAGACUGUCCAUCUGGGACACUCGUUCGGCUCGGCCAUGACGUACAGCCUCGCCGCCAUGUAUCCCAACACCACCGACGCCAUCGUCCUCACCGGCUUCAGCCAGGUGCCCCAGUUCAUGGCCUACUUCGCCCUCGGCGGCAACUUCGCCCCCGUCGCCGACAACCGCCGCCUCUCCUCGCAGUACGCCGCCGGCUACAUUGCCCCCAAGGACAGCAUCGGCAUCCACAUCAACUUCUUUGGGCCCGACGACUUCGACACCGAGCUCCUCCGGCUCGCCACCGAGACCGGCCAGCCCGCCGCCGUGGGAGAGUUGCUGACCGUCGGCUCCGUCCCCAAGUCGAGCGAUUUUCGCGGUCCCGUCAUGGUCAUCACCGGUGAUCGUGACAUCCCCUUCUGCGGCGGCAACUGCAUGGACACAAAGGCCAUCGACGACUCCGCUGCAAACCUGAUCGAGUACUCGAGGGGCAGUUUCAAACACGCCUCCGCCUUCCAGGCGACUGUUGUCCCCAAGGCCGGCCACGGGCUCAACUACAACUCCAACGCCCCCGACGUGUACCGGUCCAUUACGGAUUUCCUAAAAGCAACGUUUUAG